CAAUCAUCCAUCAAAGAAAAGAAGAAGAAAAGGAGGAACUAGACGUUGGGAAGCUUUCAAAUUUCAACUUAUGGGACCCAAUUCACUGAUCAUAUCGGACCCAGAUCAGAUCCAUCUUGCUGAAAAGGAAAAUGAUCAGAUCCUUUACAAACAUAGAUUCAUAGGAAAAACAUAGAAAAGAAGAUUGUCAUAAAGUGACGUUAAAGAAAAAGAAAAAAAAAAACAAGCUUUAAAAGCAACCAAGAAAACGCCCCACACUAGAGGAGCUUCGUUUUGUUGCACAUCUCAGUUACACCCAUUGUUUAUGAUGGACAUUGAAAUGGACCCAUGACCAUGAGCCUAGUUAGAGAGAGAGCCUUUGUUUCAAAUAACGGUUAGAAGGAGGAGCCUGCCUUGGUGGGUUUCUUUUUUCACUUGCAGAGUGAGAGAAAGCUGAAGGUGUGAAGCACAAGAGUGAACUAGAAGAGCAAGAGAAGAGAGCAAGAAACUAAAAACACAAAAACAAACUUUAGGGUUGUUGUGGGAAAUGGGUGAAUCCGCUUGUCUUGUAAGACCGUUUUCUAAUCCUGCAGAUAUUUCUCUUGAAGCUAAAGAGGGUGAUCCGAUUCUUGCUCUGACAGAAUCAGUAUCUUUCGGUAGAUUUAUGUCAGAAUCGCUGGCGUGGGAGAAAUGGUCAACCUUCUCUCACAAUCGUUACUUGGAAGAAGUCGAAAAGUUUUCAAAGCCAGGUUCUGUUGCUCAGAAGAAAGCUUUUUUUGAAGCUCAUUACAAGAGAAGAGCUGCAAUGAGAGCAGCGGCCCUGCUGGAGCAAGCAAAUACUGUUUCCAAUGAUGUCUCUCAAACGGGAACUAUCAAUGCAGCUUCGAUGGACUCUUCCUUAAAUACAGAUUCAGCUAAUGCAAAUGCCUCUGUGGCUAUGGAUGAACAACAGGAGAAAGAUGUUUCUGAUGCUGAGGUAGCUCACACUACUGAUGUAGAUGCAGACAAUCUUAAUGUGGGAAGAGAAAAUAUGGAUGUUGCUAACUGGGAAAGAGGUCAAGCAGUAAUGGACCAAGAUGUGAAUAUGGAGAACAACACCCAUGUUGGAAAUUCAAAUGCUCUUGAAAAUGUUGACAAUACCCAUGUUGACCAUGGCAUGAUUUUGUCAACCCCAGACAAGAAGAUGCCCCUUAAGGAAUGUACUGAUCAGGAGAACUCAACUUCAUCAAGCAAGAAAUGGCGAACAAAUUCUUUGUCGAAGUCAUCAACUCCCUGCAGAGCCUCCAAACUUCCGUUACAUCCUUCCAAACGAGUGGCUUUUGUUGAUAAAUCCACCGGAAACUCCAUUGACAAGAAGAAAACAAUUCCAAACUCACUCCACAUAUCAAUCAAUUUUGCUUCUGGGGCCAGUAAAACUAGUAAAACAUCACUCAGAAUGCCAAAAGAUAGUUCAACUCCUUUACAAACCCCAACCAGGGCAUUGAGGAAAGCUGCUGAUCAAGAGAAUCUAGCUCCAUCAAGUGAAAAAUCAAAUUUCGCAUCAAAGUUAUCCAAUCAUGGUGGAGUAUCCAAACAAGCAACUUCAAGAAUUGGGUAUAACCAUGGUCUUAUUAGUAGGAAGUCUGCGGUAGACUCAGAUGAGCAAAAGAGAAUAGUUCAAAAAUCCCUUCGCAUGUCAAUGAAUUUCACUCCUCAUGCUAGUGGAACCAAUAAAACAUCACUCAAGAUAUCAAGGGACAAUUCGACUCCACUACAAACUCCAACCAGGGCAUCUGUUAAUGGGUGUUCAAGGAAUCCUUCAAAAGAUCUUCAGUUACAAGAUAAAAGGACUAGAGCAGUACUCAAUAAGUCAGUUUCAGGAGGGGUAACAGGAGAUGGGAGAUGGCCCUCCCUCUCCAACUGCUCCAAAUCUUCAAGUGCAAGUGGAACUAGUACGCGAUCAACUAUCACUUCCUCUCCAUUUACUUUCAGAAGUGAAGAAAGGGCAGCAAAACGGAAAGAGUUCUUUAAGAAGCUAGAAGAUAAAAUGAAUUCAAAGGAGGCAGAAAAAUCACAAAUGCAAACACGAUCAAAGGACAAAGCAAAGAAUGACCUUAAUAAACUCAGGCAGAGCACUGAUGUUAAAGCCAGACUAAAUGAAGAUUUAUACCAUGGAUCACAGUCUUCAUGCAAUCACGUUAAGAAGAUUGUUUCGACUUGGUCUCAAUCACCAAAAUUUGGAAGGAAGCCAUAUCCCAGUACAGCGCAGGAUACAAACUCCAGUACAGCGCAGGAUACAAACUCCAGACCUCCAAGGAGGCCUUCCAUCAAUACUGAAAGCUCCAAGCGAUUAUUAAUGAAAAAUAACAGGAUAGCUUGUUCCGUGACCGCAUUGCCAAAGAACAGGCAUGAAAAUGCUUCCCCAAAUAUCCAGCAUUCAGUCGGCAAAGAGAGUAUUUCAUACAGGCAUGAUCGUGGAGGAUCUAUUGCUGGUGGAUGCAGCCACUGACCUUUUCUUAAUUGAUUUAGUAAUGACAUUAUAGAAAUUGAAAAAUACUGUUAUAAUGGAAGAUAGUACUAAGUGCCAAGCACUACCAAUCCUAGAAACAAUUUUGUAAGGAACCUUUGCUGCCUGUCUGUGUACUUGUUUUGUGGCUUUGGAUGUAUCUGGGUAUAUGUUAGUUCUCUGUGCCAAAUUUGUAUGAAAUGAAACGAAUGAUCAUGAUGAACCUUGUGAAUUGUUAUCAGUUA